GCAACGGUUUUAUCAGUCCAAAGCACUGUAUGGAACACCAUUACCCACAAUCCUGCACUCUUCCUUACGCUCAGUGGGCGGAGCUCGAACGGAAACAUGGCAGCGGGCGUCUUAACUGGAGUAAGGCAGGUUCUCCGGAGCCCUCGGUUGGUCUCUGCUGUGUUCUCAUGUCACGGACAGACAUUCAGCUCCGCAGCAGCUGCAGUCAAAUCACCGGCAGCAGCGCCAGACACCGCUGCUACAGAGAGGAUCCUGAACUUCCCCCUCACUCAACCAGACUAUUUCCACUUGUCUGAGCUCUUCAGCAUGAAGGACCUGUUUGAAGCCCGUGUCCAUCUUGGACAUAAGAAAGGCUGCCGGCAUAGGCUGAUGGAACCAUAUCUGUUUGGUUCUCGUCUCGAUAUAGACAUCAUUGAUCUGGAGCAGACAGCAGAACACCUGCAGCGGGCGCUGAACUUCACGGCUCACGUGGCGUACCGUGGCGGCAUCAUCCUGUUCGUCAGCCGCAGACGGCAGUUUGGUCACCUGAUAGAGACGACGGCGCAAGAGUGUGGCGAAUACGCUCACACACGCUACUGGAAGGGUGGCCUGCUCACCAACGCCCCCGUCCAGUACAGCCCCGGCAUCCGGCUGCCAGACCUCAUAGUUUUCUUCUCCACGCUCAAUAACGUCUUCCAGCAGCACGUCGGCAUCCGGGACGCGGCCAAAAUGAAUAUUCCCACGGUGGGGAUUGUGGACUCUAACUGUAACCCCAGUCUCAUCACGCACCCAGUGCCCGGCAACGAUGACACUCCUGUUGCCAUGGAGAUGUACUGCCGGCUAUUUAAAAUGACCAUUAACAGAGCAAAGGACAAGAGGAGACAGAUGGAGCUUCUCAAGGGGAUUUCAUCCUCAGUAUGAAGCAGGUCAACGAACAUCUCUAUCAGAGUUUGUGUGGAUGUGUAUGUUGUCCUCGCAUAGAAAGUUCAGUGGAAAUAUGAGUCCAAAAAGUAACAAUUCAAUCAUGUUAAUGUAUUAUUUUGAUUAAAGUUCAGUACCUAAAAACUUAAAACAAGUGACCAUUCUAGUACUACGGAAGCCUGUUUCUGCAACAGAAUAAAAAAAGGUAAUUGCAACUUUUUAUCUCACAGACUUUUUUUUUCCUGUUUCUUUUGUAAACCUGGAAUUUCAAGAAAAAACUUACAAUUCUUAGUUUAUAUCCUGCAAUACAAAUAUUUUUCUCAGAUUUCUGAGUCUUCAUCUCAUAAUUAAUUUUUUCCCGACAUUUAAUUUAAAAAAAGUAAUGGCUACUUUUUAUCUCACAAAUCGGACUUUAUGUCAUAACUGAGUUUAAAUCUCGCAAUUUAGAUUUUUUUUCCCUCACAAUUCCGAGAAUUCUCAGAAUUGUGAGAUACAAACUCUUGUGAGGAGAAAAAGGCGGAACUGUUAGAUAAAAAUUCGCAAUUACCUUUAUUUAUUUAUUCUUUGGCAGCAAUGGGCUCAUAUACAGAACUAAAGAUGUCCAGCUUCAUUGGAAAAUGUAAAAUCCACUGAUUUCAAGCUGAAUAUUUAUUGCUUUUUAAUCAAUUUCCAUUGAUUUCUUGUUAUGUGAACCCAAUAAAGUUUCACAAAU